GCACAUUCCUAUAGGGGGUCAAACCAUGUCCCAAAGGUCACCGGGCCUGGUGUCACUUUAAAGUAGUCCAGUUACACAUUUGUGGGCUUAUAACUUGGCUUUUGAAUAUCCUUGUUAAAAGUCCGCUUUCCAGAGGAAUAAUGUUUGUGAACACCGUUUAGACUACAUUACCCAUGAUGCACCUCGGUAUCUGUACUUCCCAUUGGGAACGUGUUUAGCGCAGUUCAGCACAGCUGAAAGGUGUUGGAUGAUCAGCGUUUUUCUCGUGCGUUCCUGUGUGAGUUACCCUUGGUGUGCGUGUUUAUCAUAUUACCACACCCACAUACUCCUGCACACUCACACUCCCUUUACCUGCAUUCAUAGAUGGGAAUGCAAUUGCCUCACUUGUUGAUGUCAUCUGCUACCUCUUUAAUAAAACUACUUGGACUACAUCACUGUGGAGUGCAAAUCCUUCUGACCGAGGACAACUCAGUUGAAGCGUGAUCGGCAAUCAGUGCAAACAUUCAGUACAAGUGGUCCUUCGAGCCGGAUUUGCCUUGGCUGAGUUCAUGAGAUGGAAAACCCUCAGGAUGGAGGUGCAUCGAGUAGCCCCCGUCCAAAACGGGAGAGGAAACUCCCGGGAUAUCUGGUGGACUAUGAGCACAACCUAACUGAGCCACCCAACCCAUCUAGAGCUCCAAGUAGUUCCAGUAGCUCUGACAAUGAAGAGGAAGGGAGAUGGCAGAGGAUGGAAUCCGCAUGGAACAGUGUCCUCCAAACCAUGAAUCACCUUCAAGCGUCUAUGGAGGACACUCAUGGAACAUUACUGAAGCGGGUGGAGCAUUUGGAGCAAGCUUCACAACCUAGCAGUGAGGUGAUACAUCGCACCAUAGAGCCACUACCUGUACCAGAGCAGGACACCACAACACCUGCGAACAUGCUGAUGCCAGUGAAGGCAUCUGCUCCAUCACCUCCUCGUAAAGUGAGUUUUCACACUCAGCCAGUGCUGCACCCUGCCACUUAUGUAGCUGCAUCAACGCCACUCAGGAGACUUGGACGAUGCACCGCUACACCCUUCGUGUACCAGAGAUCGGAACAUCAUCUCCUUAUAAACCGGCCAGGCCAGGUGCAGAUAUCACAUCACGCAGCCUCAGCUAAUCAGCCAAGACAACGUGCUUAUCAUGCAGUACAGCAGCUAUCACAGGCUGGGGAUCCAGUGAGUCUGCAGCAGACGUUACAUCCAGCUGCUCCCGUCUUCCAAGCUAGACCUCCAGCUAAUCCUGUGUACUUGCAGCAACCACCGGGUCCUGCUGAUCCGACCUACCAACUUCCGCGUCCACCAGAACCUGUGACCCAGCCAUCACAGUGGGCAGACGCUCAGCACCCUGUAUCCAACAUAUUGCAUCCUGAAGCUUUGCCUGAUCCAGCUGGCAACCACCACGUUCCCGACCCGUCAGGAAGUGACCAUUCAUCAUCUUCCUCUGCUGGACAAUAUAAUCCACGGGUUGCCACAUCUGAAUCAGCCAGAGCGCCUCUACCAAACCUGAUGGAAAUGAUGGUGGCAUCUUCAUAUGGUAUUCCAAAGCCUAGGCUGGUGGUCUUCAGGACGGGCAGAGAGAGUGACUUCGCCUUAUUAAAGAAAGGGCUGGACAGCACCUUAGGGCCACAUUCUCAUCUGGGAGAAGAUUACAAGUUUCAGCUCCUAUUAGAUCAUCUAGAAUAUCCCAGCGCCCUACAGGUAGCCAAGCGCUACAUCCACGACCGCACUCCCUAUACUAGUGCAAUGAGGGCGCUAGAGCAGAGGUAUGGACAGCCAAGGCAGUUAGUCCAAAGUGAGCUUAGCACUAUAUUGAACUGCCCCCCUAUUAGAACAGGAGACUCUCAAGCUAUUGAGGACCUGUCCCUGUCCGUGUCCAGCCUGGUCGGGCUUCUCAGUACCAUGGAUGAAGUAGCAGCCAGUGAGCUUCAUUGUGGUUCACAUGUGGACAGACUGCUUACCAAACUCCCCCUGAACUACAGAGACAGCUUCAUCGAGUACUGUAUUACCCGGGGGAUCAUCCGCACUGGCAGCAGCCGAACAUACAAUAUGUACGACUUCUCAGAAUGGCUUGAACGGAAAUCCCAAGUCCUUCAGCUAUCCAGACAAGCCUCUCACAUGCCCUCUGACAGGCCACGCCCAGAGAAGAACCUACUCAAAGCCUUAGCAGGGCCCAAGUCACACAGCAAAUCUGCUUCCAUCUACUACGGCCCAAAUCCAGCCCAAGCCAAGCUAAGACCAGGGGGAGGAUCUACAGCUCCCAAUCCGACAGUCCAACCUAAGAAGAGACAGAAGUUCAAACCUUAUUGUCCAUACUGUGAAGGGACAGAGCAUUAUCUGAAUGGCUGUGAUGGAUUUAAAGGGCUAGACCUCAAAGCUAUGGCUACCUGGAUUACUGAGAAGGCCAAAUGCUGGCGCUGUGGCCGUAAACAUUCUCCAGAGCAGUGUACUCUAAAGAAGCCGUGCAGCACCUGUGGUGACCAGCAUUUGUCUGUGCUCCAUGACCUGGUUGAGGCCAAGAAGCGGGACCCUAACAUACUAACUGUGAGUACUAGUAUGGUUUACCUAGACUAUUCAAGUCACUCAGGUCGAGUCAUGCUUAAAGUAGUACCAAUUCAACUACAUCAUGGUGGCAAAUCUCUGGACACAUUUGCUGUGCUUGAUGACGGCUCAGAAAAGACUGUUGUGCUUCCUGCGGCAGUUGAAUCUCUAGGUUUGGAGCAGGAGGAAGCAACACUCGCACUGCGAACUAUCCGUCGAGAUGUAAUCCAGAUGAAGGGAGGCUUUGUCUCAUUUCAGGUGUCACCGAGAGCUAAGCCCAAAGUGAGGUACAAAGUAACACAUGCAUUCACAGCCGACCAGCUGAGUCUAGCUACUCAGUCAUGUCCAGCUGAACAGCUGAAGAAGAAGUAUCUUCACUUGCAGAAAGUCCAGAUCAAAGGAUUUAACCAGGUCCAACCUUUGGUGCUACUUGGCUCAGAUAAUGCUCAUCUCAUCACCCCUGUCCGUCCUGUCCUUAGGGGGUCAUCUAAAGGGCCAGUAGCCGUCUGCACCAAGCUCGGAUGGGCCAUCCAGGGGCCAGCCAGUAGUAUGCCUACAUCUGAGGGGGAGCUGCAGUGCCUGAACAUGUGUCUUUCUCCUGCAGAGGCCCUGCAUCAAGAUGUGAAGCGUUUGUGGCAACUAGAUGUUCCCCCCUGUAGGACAGAGAAGGAGGUCACACGGUCAAAGGAGGACAGAGAGGCAGUGGCUACGUUGGAAACAAAGACCCUCAGAGUCCCAGUAGAUGGUGUCGAGAGAUAUGCCACUCCUCUACUGAGAAGAAGAGACUUUCCACGUCUGUGUGUCUCCCCUGAAGCAGUAAAGGGCCUCCUCAGAUCUACUGAACGUAAGCUGGCCAAGAACCCUGAUCUGACCCAUACAUACAACCAGGAGAUCCACAGGUUAGUAGAGUCUGGCUAUGUUGCUAAGCUGAGCCCAGAUGAGACACAUAGCUCUUCUGAGUCAUGGUAUGUACCGCACCACAUAGUACAUCACAACAAUAAGGCUAGAGUGGUCUUCAACUGUUCGUUUGAGUUUCAGGGGUCCGUCCUGAACCGCUGCCUCUUACCAGGACCUCCCAUGGGACCCACUCUGCUGGGGGUAUUACUCCGCUUCCGUCAACAUCCUGUAGCCGUGAGUGGAGAUAUCAAAGCCAUGUUUCAUCAGGUUCGGCUGCUCCCAGAGGAUUGUCCCCUGCUACGGUUUCUGUGGAGGGAUUGUGAAACGGAUCGGCCCCCAGACAUAUAUGAGUGGAGAGUUUUGCCCUUCGGAACGACAUGUAGCCCCUGCUGUGCUACGUUCGCCCUACAGAGACAUGCGAGGGAGCACAAAGAAACCCACAAAGACAUCUGUGACUCAGUCCACACAGCCUUCUACGUGGAUAAUUGUUUACAGUCCCUGUUCAACCCAGAAGAGGCAAAACAGCUCAUCGACCGGAUGAGAGAUUUACUCAUUCAGGGAGGAUUUGAUAUACGACAGUGGGCGAGCAACAUGCCCGAAGUAGUUGCUCAUCUGCCCGCUUCAGCUUGAUCAGAGAG